AUGUGUGAGCGCAGUCUUUACAGAGCGGGCUAUGUGGGCUCACUUCUGAAUCUGCAGUCGCCCGACUCUUUCUAUUUUUCCAACCUGCGGCCGAAUGGCAGCCAGUUGGCCGCGCUGCCCCCCAUCUCGUACCCACGCGGCGCGCUGCCCUGGCCCGCCACGCCCGCCUCGUGCGCUGCCGCACAGUCUGCGGGCGCCACUGCCUUCAGUGGCUUCUCUCAGCCCUACCUGGCCGGCUCUGGGCCUCUGGGCCUUCAGCCUCCGGGCGCCAAGGAAGAACAGGUCAAGUUCUAUUCGUCGGAAACAGCCGCGGGUCCCGAAGAGCGCGCCCGCCCACGGCCGCCCUUCGCCCCAGAGUCUAGCUUGGCCCCUGCAGCACUCAAAGCGGCCAAGUACGACUACACGGGUGUGGGCCGUGCUGCGCCUGGCUCUGCGACGCUGCUCCAGGGGGCUCCCUGCACCACCGGCUUCAAGGAAGACACCAAGAGCACGCUCAACUUGAACAUGACGGUGCAGGCGACGACGGGUGUCACUUCAUGCUUGAGACCUUCGCUGCCCGACGGCCUGCCAUGGGGUGCUGCCCCGGGGAGGGCCCGCAAGAAACGCAAACCCUACACGAAGCAGCAGAUCGCGGAGCUGGAGAACGAAUUCCUCCUCAACGAAUUCAUCAACAGGCAGAAACGCAAGGAAUUGUCCAAUAGGCUAAACCUCAGUGACCAGCAGGUCAAAAUCUGGUUCCAGAAUCGGCGCAUGAAGAAGAAGCGCGUGGUUCUGCGUGAGCAAGCGCUGGCGCUUUACUGA